UGUAAUCUUAAAUUCACGUUUACUAUUAUUAAAAAGUCAAUAAAUACACAAGUUAAUGUUAGGUUGAAGUUACUUUUUAAUUAUUUUUAAUUAUUUAAUUUUUAUGGAUUAAAAUACAUUCCUCUACAGUUCUUGGAAAUUAUCUUGUGAUAUUAUGCUGGCUGAUGUAACGUGGGUGGACAGGGUUCAGGAAAAAACUGAAAAAUGCAUAUAUGAUCUUUGUUAUAAUCCAAGUGGAACUCAAUUGAUUGUAGCUGCUGGACAUAAUGUUUUAAUUUAUGAAAGUAAUGAUGGUGCAUUGGUUCAGUUAUUAAAAGGUCACAAAGAUGUUGUUUACUGUGUAUGCUAUGCAAAAGAUGGUAAAAAGUUUGCCUCAGGAAGCGCAGAUAAGACAGUUAUUAUUUGGACUUCUAAAUUAAUAGGACUUUUGAGAUAUUCCCAUAAUGAAUCUAUACAAACCAUGCACUUCAAUCCAUUAUCUCAUCAACUUCUUAGUUGCUCGAUUUCUGAUUUUGCAUUAUGGUCAGCUGAACAAAAAGCUGUUCAAAAAUUUAAAUGUGGUGGAAGAGUUAAUUGCUGUGCUUGGACUAGGGAUGGUCAGUUCAUGGCCCUGGGCCUGGCAGCUGGUUUUGUUUCAAUCAGAAACAAGACCGGAGAAGAACAAUUACGUAUUGAAAGCUUAAGAGAGUCUCCUAUAUGGAGCUUGGCUUGGAGUCCUAUAAGAAUGGACUCUACAGAUAUUAUAUGUAUUGGAGAAUGGAGUGGAAAAUUAUCAUUUUAUUCUUUAAGUGGAAAAUUGAUUGGAAAAGAGAGAAAUUUUAAUUUCAUUCCUUUGAAAAUCACAUACUUUCCUAAUGGCCUAUAUAUUGCAGUCUGUGGAAGCAAUAAGAGGUGCAUUUUAUUAUCUAAUGAUGGGAUUCAGUUAGCCACAAUAGGAAACACUUGUACAUCAUGGACUUGGAGUUGUGAUGUCCACCCCGAAUUAAUGCACAUUGCUAUUGGUUGUCAAGAUGGAAGUAUUAUAAAUUUUGAAUUGAGAUGGAAUGUUAUUCAUGGAUUGUACAAGGACAAAUAUGCAUAUCGAGAAAAUAUGACAGAUGUUAUAAUUCAAAAUCUGGAAACAAAUCAAAAAGUUCGAAUUAAGUGUAAAGAACUUAUUAAAAAAAUUGCUUUCUACCGGGAUAGGCUAGCUGUGCAGUUACCAGAACGAGUAAUGAUUUAUGAGCCAUCUGGAAGUUCCGAAGAUAUGCAUUAUAGAGUCAGGGAAAAAUUACUUCAAUUUCUUGAAUGCAGUCUGCUCGUAAUGACGAAUAAUUUGAUUCUCUAUUUUGAAAAGCGUCUACAAAGUAUAUCUUUUGGAGGUUCAGUUAAAAGAGAGUGGAUUUUAGAUAGCUCGAUUUGCUGUGUCAAGGUGACAGGUGGUCCAAUAGGACAGGAGCGUUUGCUAGCCGGCUUAAAAAAUGGCCAGGUUGUAGAAAUUUACUUGGACAGUCCGUUCCCGAUAUUUCUAGCCCAAGUGCACGGUGCUGUACAAUGCAUUGAUAUGAGUCUGAUGAAAGAAAAACUAGCUGUGGUUAGUGAUCAAGGAGUGCUUUCAGUCUUCGACAUUCAUAAUAACAAGAAACUUAUUGAAUUUAGAGACGUUGACAGUGUAGUCUUUAACAGUACUUUUGAAGAAAUGUUGUGUUUUUCUGGGCCAAACUAUCUUGCUGUUAAAAUUGCUAAGUUUGUGGAGUUUCGACAAUUUUCUGGCACAAUCAUUGGUUUAAAUGGCUCGAAACUACACUGUCUGCAGGGAUCAUCAACUUUAACUAUUGAGAUGCCGCUGUCUUCAAUGAUGUACCAGUUUCUGGAGGCUGAAAUGUUUCAGACGGCACUGACAGUCGCUUAUCUUGGAGUGGCUGAAGCCGAUUGGCUAGGGCUAGGAGUCGCAGCACUCAAUCAGCUUAAGCUGACUGUAGCUCGUGAGGCAUUUUCGUGCACGUGGAACCUGCGAUUGGUUCAAGUGGUGAUUGAUCUGGAUGAGAAAUUACGCUCAGGAGACUUGAGCAUUGAGACUUGUCAAGCGGUUAGCUGCGCAGCUCUUGGACGUUACCGUGAGGCUGCACGGCUCUAUCAACGUGCUGGACUACAACGGCAAGCUGUCGAUAUGUACGUUGAUCUAAGAAUGUUUGAUGCAGCACAAGAGCUAACUGAUUUUUCGAGAAAUUGUGAAAAAGGAUCACUUCUGCGUCGUCAAGCUGAAUGGGCACGUAGUAUGGGUGAGCCUCGUGCAGCUGCGGAAAUGUUUUUUGCAGCAGGAGAUCCUCAGAGCGCUGUUUGCAUUGCUGUAGAGUACGGCUGGAUUGACUUACUACUGAAAUUGGGUCGUGAGCUUGACCGAGCUGAUCGUGAGACUUUAAGCAGGAUUGCCCAACGACUGCGUCAGUUGGGUGCUAGUCACGCUUCUGCUGAAGUCUUUUCUCGGUUAGGUGACGAGCCUGACGUAGCGGAUAUCCUCGUCAAUGCACAGGCUUGGAGUGAGGCUUUGGAGCUCGCAGAGCGCAACCCACAGCUAAAACCACGAGUCUAUGGGCCUUACGCUAAUUGGCUUGCUGAAAGUGGCCGCUUUUCCGAUGCUCAGCAAGAUGAGAUGACUGAAUCAAAAGAGAAGUACUUUCGAGAAUCAGCUACAAACUUUUGA